AUGACAGGUCUCCCUGACAGCGCUGCUCUGCUCUGCACAGGUGGCCACAAACAGAUUGAGAUUGGGAUUGGCCCUGAUGAUCACAAGGAGCCCCCUCCACAUCUUUUCAGCCAAUCCUGGAGGGGCUGCAGCGCUGAUGUCUCAGAGGGCGAGAGGGUAUUUGUGUUCUGGAGUCCUAAAGAGACAAGCCACAUCACGGUGAGUCACACUCUCACAGUCUUCUGAUGAAAAUGGAAGAAACUGAAAAUAUAAGGGGGAUUAUCAGAGCCUCUAUGGUUCGAGUGCAGACUGAAUCUUUUUGUGUCUUUUCUAAAUUUAACUAACAACAAAUACCUCAAUUUUACUCUAAAGGAUGAACUAGUUAUACAUUUAUUAUCUUCUUGCUUUUUACUACUGCUUUCCUUUCGUUUUUAAACAAUGGUGGGUUGUUAUUGCAAAGAGGAAGAAUGUGAACCUCGUGAACUAAGGGUGUGCAUGUGCAGGUAUAUAAAAAAAUGACUGUCUGCACCACCCGAAGAGACUGUCAUCCGAGACGACUACCUGACUUUGCAAGGACAGCGAGGUUAGAGAGACAGAGCAAGAGCGGAGAAAAUGAAAGACUGAAGAGAGACUGACUGAGAUGAAUAGCUAAAGUCACCUGACAUAUAGUAGCAGAUGUAACACAUGUGCACCUUUACACCUGUAAGUGUUGUGCACAUCCAAACAACAACAUCAACAUCAGACCAGAGUUGUUUUUGGGGUUUUAAUGACGCUGAUUGCUCAAACGAGGCGUUUGUGUCAUUAUUCAGUCUGGUCUUCUGGUGUACAGCUGUCAGUUACCUCCCAUCACUCAUCCCUCGUCAAUCUGUUUCAAUCCGGAUCAGCGAGAGGUGCUAAAGUGACACCCUGACCAGUGUGGGCCGGUGCAGAACGAGGGGCUUUAAUCCUCUUACAGGACAGACCUACACUGUUAGCUUUACUAAUACUGAGAGAGGUUAGUCAUCACUGGGCUACGACACAUUCUCAGAAUGGUGUAUUAGCCGCUGACCAUUUAAGGAGGCUCAGAAAUGUGGCUUUACUCACAGCAGCACGAUUUAUUCAACAUUGCUUAGUUCUGCGAUUGAUCGCAGUGCAGGCUUUACUGUUUCCCCAUAACUCAGCUCAUUAAGUCCAGAGAGGUAAUAGAGCUCUAAUGAGUUUAUCUCCCUAAUUUAUCGGACACCAUGUUUUGAAGCCCCAUUCAGUUGUGGUGGGUGGCCAGAAAAAUGUUCCGUUUAUUAAAAGUCUCAAGAAGUGUCCUCCAUAUUUCAGAGAGCUGAUCAAACUCAGCUCUCUGCAGCAAAGCUAUGGAUCCUUAGUUUUCAGGAGGACAUUCAUCAUCAUUAGCUGUAUUGAUCAGGUCUGGGUAACAACUUUUCUCAUUCCUGCUUAAGUUUACUUUAUGUUUGUCAGCCUAGUGGGGCCUGGCGCAGCAGGGGAAGCAGAUGAAAUGCAGUAAAUCCCACAGGCUCAGAAAACUAGAUUCUCUCUUGUGUUGCAAACAGACGAGUCCUCAAAUAAUCAAAAGAAACUCUGAAAUGUGAUUCUGUAGCAUAACCCUGCCCUCUCAAAUCUUUGUUGCUGUUACAUGAAACACAAAAGAAACAUCAACAUGAAAAAUACACAAGUCUUUGUGGAGUAUGUUUUCAGAAACACAUCAUAAACACUGUCACAGAGUUAUCAGAGGCUCUACAAGCUUAAAGCCAGUGUAUUGAUCGGCUGAAAGAAACAAAACACAGUUGAGCGAAGUCGUAAGUCUUGAGAUUUGGAUGGAGUUCAAUGCUGACCAGCUUUGCCUCUCCUGGGUCUGACUGAGCCCUCCAUCCUUCAUUAUGUCCCCAGCUCCCCCUAAUAAAAGAGCAGCAUAAGCAGAAAUUUCACAGCUGCAGAGUUUGUGGGCAGCAUGCAGAUAGUCGCAUAUUUAGGCUAAAGUUUUUUGUGAUUUUUGUCGGUUGCAAAAAUGUGGUUGUGUUUUGGAAUCAGGUUAUUUAUGUGAAUGUGUGUGACAUGUGUUGUUGUUCCUUCUGGCUACACUCCUCCCCGCUCUUUUCAUCCCUCUGCCUUCUUAGCUCCCUGUUCACAUAUCUGAUUAUUCAUCGCAUUCAAGGCGGGCUACACGCUCUGAAUGUAAAAACACAGCAGAUGAGAUGCUAAUUCAUCCUGAAUGCACAGCUUCAAGAUGCAGAGCCUAACUCUGAACAAUUUCUUACUUGUGUUCUUCUACCGAAUCCUUCCAUCUUUUUGUGCCUUCUUAUCUCUGCCUUUUUUUCUUAUUGGGAUUAUGUCUGUUACUCAUCCUUUUAUCCCUUUUUCUUCUCUCUUUAGAUAAAUGGAGGAGAAGGAGCGAUGUAGGAGCAGAUCUCCAGCUCGGAGGGCCAGCCGGGUGCAGCAGGUGGUGGGCACAAUAAUACGUCGCACCAGAGAGUCAUUGAGCAGGUAAGUUUAGGUUUUUUUUGUCAUUGUAAAAUGUUUAUAAAGUCCUGAUGAGGUGACUCCAAACUUUGCAAACACAUUUUUGUUUUCCUGCUGAUUUUUGUGGUGUAUUGAAAAAUCUAUUCUGACAACUCAUGAAUCUUUUUAUUUGUCAAGGAUAGGGGAUGACUAGUGAGUCCUAAGGGAGAAAAUGAAGUAGAUUUUGAUGAGAAAACAACUGAGUGUGCAGUAAAAAAAAGUUGGCACUACACAGCUAACUGUAGCAGAAAAUGCCAACCCCAAACAAAGUGCUUUGUAAGCAACAACAACAAAAAAACAUCUUAUAUAAAGUAAAAAUCUAAACUCAGGUUUGGAUUAGAGAACGGCUUCAUCCGGUUCUUGAACUGCUGCCAGAUUUUGUAGGAGGAAAGAGGUGUGCUGUAAAUUCAAAGGGUUGCUCUACCGGUGAUAAUUGUUUCAACUGAGAGAAGGUGUUCAGUGUCAAAUAUGAACAGAUUCUAAAGAAGAUAGAAUAUCAGGAAAGUAGUGAAACCAAAUAAUAAAGUGUGUGAUAUCUUGACUUGGUAAAAACACAAUCUGCUCCCUUCCUUCACACCCACUGUCAUUCAGAGGCUUAACACAUAGUUGAGUACAUCUACAAACCUGACUGUCCUCUCACACACAAACACACCCAGAGCUGAACCACAAAUAUGCUUUCAAGAAGCCUCCAUUCCUUUGUUGUCCUUUUGCUGCCUGUUUUCUCGUUCUCAGCAGACGACGCAGUGCGGAGAGGAAGCCCGUAGAAUCAGAGUUAUUAAAGUCUCAAAAUGUCACAGCCAGCUGACCCAGUAGGACAGUAGGCCUCAGGGAGGGGAUGUUUCUAUAAAUUAAAAAAAAACAUGUGCAUAUAGAAAGUAUUUUAGAGUGGAAAAGGAUAUAUAAGGUUUCAAAUGAAUGUGAGUAUUGUUUUGCUGUCCAGCUGACUGCUGUGGAAAAAUGAUUAGUAAUGGCCACAUGGCUGCUUAUAACUAUCAAGAACAUAUAAUGUAGUUUAAAGGUUACAGCUCACCAAGUGACUUCUUAAGAAACACAGGAGGGUUGAAUGUCUUCACAUUAGCAAGUCACAUGACUUUAUAAAACACAGUUUAGAGACAUCAUUGGUUGUCAGAUUAGCCUAAAUAAAGUGGUGCUCCUCUGACUUUUCCUCUCGCAUCAAAUAUGGAAACUUUCUCUGACCAAACUUUUAGUAUAGCUGUCCUGUUAAAAGCAACGGUAGUGUUUACUAGCAAACGUUGGCAUGCUACAAUCAAAUCUGCUACAAAAAAAAAACCUCCUGUUUUAAAUGUAAGUUUGAGCUUGUGAGCAUUUCAGUGCCAAAGUGCAGCAAUGAACUGCUUUUUUCUGUGUUUGGUUUUUUUAAAUAGAUAAAUGAAUGACUCAUCAGUAGUACAAAAAAGGCGAAAGUCUUGGAAAUUGAACAGUAAUUUUAACAUCUGUUAAAGAAACAAAGAAAUAUCUUGUAUUUAAUAGUAUCCUGCUUUAUGUGUAUCAUUGUUAUUGUUAUUAUUGUGUACAAUAACAAUACAAUAUUGUGUAUUGUUAUUAUCAUAUAGGACAUUUCUUAUUGUAAAGUUACUUUAGUUUUUGAUCUUUUGGAGGAUAAAAAGAUUGGCUUUUUAUUGUUCUGAUUUGAUAGAAAGAUUUUUGAAUUUUUUUUAUUAGCCUCCUCUAACAUUGCAGCUAUUCUUUUCUGAGGUUCACUCAUGCAAAAAAAUGGAGGUUUAAUCCAGACCGCUGCAAAAAUCAAUGUCAAAAUUAUAAAAAAAAAAAAAACAUGAAACAUGCAACAAUAUUGACUAGAGUGUCAGAACAUCCUGGGAUGCUGCCACUCAUUGGUUGGAAGGUCAUCUGUUAACUGAAAGGUUGGCAGUUUGUUUCCAGCUCCUGCAGUCACAUGCCAAAGUGUCCUUGAGCAAGACAACUCAUGCUGAUGGUCUAAUCCACCCCCAUAUUACCCUCUAUCAUCGGCACAUGAAUGUGGUGUGAAUGGGUGAUGAGAGGUGUAAGACUGCGAGGGAAGACUAGGAAAGUGCUACAUAAGUCCAUUUACCAUUCCUGUCAGGUAACCUUUGACUCUGUUUGACCUCCGCAGAGAGCGGUUGCUCGGCGAUGGGAGGUCUCAGCGCUCCAACAGUCUGUCCAAUCAGAAUUUUGUGGCCAAGCUGUCCCUGCAGAUCACCAGGGACCCGGUCCUGGACAGCAGCACAGGACAUGGCUUUAUGCUCACCACAAACGCACCCCUGCUGGUCAGGGACGUCGCCACAGGUACUCAGAAGUGCAUGCCUCUGUUUUCCUGCUUCCGCUCAAAUAGCAACCUGCGUUAUGCAGGAGUGGUCCAGUUUUGAGACUAAUCCUGCUUUGUUCUUUUGGGAUUUUAUAUUUAAAUGGAGCAAAUAAGCCCUUGUUUUUUUAAGUACGACAAUUUCUACUGUAGGCGCAGUAGUUUUAAGAAAAAGAGGAAACCCGAUAAUUUUAGAUUCUGUGUCAAAAACGAAAUGAUCAGAAAUCUGAACAAGUUGUCUGCAUGUGACUGAAUUCUGACUCAGUUGUAAUUUUCAGGGAAGAAUUUUCUAGGUUUAGUUCUUAUCUAGCUGUUUGAACUUAAAGUACAAUAUUUAAUAGGAUACUUAAAAACCCAGGAAUAACCGGUGUGCAUCACUCUCUACAUACACACAAAUACUGAGUCUCUUCUGGCAUCCAGACUGCAGGGCACAGUGCCAGAGACGCCACGGAAACAACACAGCCACCUGCUCAUCCUUUCUAAAUUCAAUCACUUUUCAUUUAUGCAACAGAUACAUAACAGGGAGCAACAGAGAGACAUGGUGAGAGAGGAGGGGGGAGGGAGAAAAGAUGCUGAUCCACCAUUUUCAAACCGAACCUGUGAAAUAAGCCUAAAAAUGCGACAAUAGCUCUGUAAUUGCUAUCUGCUGCCGAAAAAGAAAGGGAGAAAGAGAGAAGACAAGAGAAAGAGAGAGGGAGGAACAGGGGAGAUAGGUGAUGACAGAGGACAAGAUUUAAUAGACAGACAAGAUGUCAGCAGGAAGACACAGCAGGGAAUAGACCAAAGACCAAAGUGUAAACAUGGCCAAGGAGAGCAGGAUAAUGAGUGCAAAGGAGUGCACAGUGCAGGGAGGUAAAGGUUUCUGGGUUGCUGGGUGUGGGAGGAGUCAGUGAGGACCUGAUGGUGUUGAGGUGACCGUGAUAGGGAGGUGGAGGACAAGGAAAGAGGGAUAGAAUGAGGGAAGAGGAGGAGAGCGGGAGGGGAGUGAAAAGAUCAGGAUGUUGGCCGAGCUGACAUGAAAGCUCGAAGGGGGGUUGGGGGGGUAGGACGGGCAUGUCUGGCAAGACUGAGGGAGUGUGUGAGUGUAGUGUGAGUGCGUGUGUGCGUGUGUGAUGGCGACAGCGGGCCAAAUGUGGAGGACAGACGGGGCUUUGCAGAGAAGACAGUGUGUGAGAAAAUAUGGGUGAAUAUGUUUACAAACUUAUACAUUUUUGUCUGUUUAUGUGUUUGUGUUAGUGCGUGUGUGUGCAAUGGAGUAAGCUAACUGUGCUGUGCCUCAGUCAGGCUCAUUGCCUGAAGACAAAUGAGUAUAAAUAACAAGAGAGAGCCGAGCCGAGCUGGACAAGACCCAAAAUAUCUGUAACCCCUCACAUCCUGGAGAGCUCAGCAAAAUGCUGAUGAGUCAGCCAAGUUGAAUAACAAUAUUUGUCAUAUUGUGUGCGUGUAUGUGUGUGUGUGUGUGUGUGUGUGUGAGUGUGAGUCCGCCUACUUUGCUACAUGCAUCCCCCUUUAUCUGAGCUAAAAUUGCAGGCCCACAUAUGCAGCUGGGUUUUUGUUUUAUGCAAGCAAUUGCUGUUUUCAUCACGUGUGUGUGUGUGUGUGUGUGUGUGUGUGUGUGUGUGUGUGUGUGUGUGUGUGUGUGUGUGUGUGUGUGUGUGUGUGCGCGUACGUGUGUGUGUAGGGAGUCCUGCAGAUGGGAUACUGUACCCAGGGGACCAGGUGCUGCAGAUUAAUGAUACAGUGCUGGAAGAUUUGAGUGAAGAGGAGUUGGAAAACAUCUUAAGGUGAAAAGAUUCUAUCUAUCUAUCUAUCUAUCUAUCUAUCUAUCUAUCUAUCUAUCUAUCUAUCUAUCUAUCUAUCUAUCUAUCUAUCUAUCUAUCUAUCUAUCUAUCUAUCUAUCUAUCUAUCUAUCUAUCUAUCUAUCUAUCUAUCUAUCUAUCUAUCUAUCUAUCUAUCUAUCUAUCUAUCUAUCUAUCUAAUCUAUUUCCGCCUACUGUAACUACUUGACUUGACUUGAUAUAACCAGUAUGUUCACUCUGUCCAGUGACUAAAAUCUCUGUCAUAGCUGUUGUGCAUUUUUCAGUGUGGAGGAUGAUUAAUGUGUGUGAGAGGGUGUGUGAGGGUAAGAAAGGAUUAGCAAGUUAAGGUCAAAGGUCACAUUAAAAAGUGCUUAAUUGACAGCAGGAAGAAAAGAUAAUGAUCUCUGUUGUGUGCGUAUAUGUGUGUGUUUAUGUGUGAUCUAAUGUGGGUUUUUUCGCUGCACAGGGACUUGGAGGAUUGUAUCACUGUGACUAUCUUGCGGCACAUGACAGUAAGUACAAUGAAGACAUUGAUAGCCUCACACGCAUGCGCUCAAACGCACACAGACAAGCACACACUCUCUCUCACUCGUUCACUCACACACACACACACACACACACACACACACACACACACACACACACACACACACACACACACACACACACACACACACACUAUCCAUCCUUCAACUUAACUCUCUGUGUGUUUUAAGCAUGUGACUUUAAGCUCUAUAAGCGUCGUCCGAUUGGAUUGACUGAUUGAGUUCUGUGUGUUUGAUUGCAUCUGUGGCUGUGCGUGUCCGUGUGGCUUAUACCAAGUCAUUGCACUGGUUUGAGUUUGUGGGCUCAUAAUGUACAUGGUGUGUUCUUUGGCUUUACAGAACCCCAAAUCAUCCAUCAUGUCAGCAGAGAAGAGAGCUCGUCUGAGGAGUAAUCCAGUUAAAGUGCGCUUUGCAGAAGAGGUGGUGGUCAACGGGCACACUCAGGUGGAGAAAUCUCAUUUGACAUGAAAAAGCAGCUGUUUUUACACACUCAUAAGCAACUCCCAUUCUGGGUCGUGAACUCUUUCCAUCAGUCUUUAUUCGGUGUUGUUUAUUUAAGCUGUUUUUAUGCUUUCCCUGACCUUGUUUAAUAAUGAUUCCUGUCUAACCACACAAUGAAAUCUCUUACUUCACUCCAUCAGGGAAACUCUCUUCUCUUCCUGCCCAACGUCCUGAAAGUGUAUUUAGAGAACGGACAGACAAAGGCCUUCAAGUUUGACAACACAACCACUGUCAAGGUAUGCAGUUUACACAAUAGAGCUUAUUUUACGAAGAAAAUUGAUUGAAGUGAGUUUUACCUGAGUAACUUUUCUUUUUUGACAGCCCAGCCAGACUGGACUUUGCCUUUUCCUUUGUUGUCUCACUUCAGGGCUUCACCAAACUCCUUUAUCUCUCUACAUGAGCCUUUUCUUUUAUCUGUUAACCCUCUUUCACACCUACUGUACGUGAAAACUACAAGACUUUACAUCCACCUUUACUUUAUUUUUAUCAUGAUGGCAUUUAAAGGGUAGGGCUGUGAAACCAGGAGAAAAGAGAAUGAGGAAUAACAUGCAGCAUAGAGGGUCAAAUUAGAUCUAAACCCACGCCCCUUGUUCUGUGGAAUAUAGCCUCUUGAUAUGAGGUGUGCGAUUUAAUCCCCGAUUUAAAACCCUUUCCUCAGUUUUUAACUAAACUAAACUUGAUAAAAGGUUUUUGUCAUAUUGUAGGCUAAAGCUAACAACAGCUUAGGCCUCAGCCCUCACAGAAGGAUUGUGUUAGGUACAGUGAUUUAACUCUAAACUGCUUUAUUUUGUGUUUACUUAUCUUUUGUUUAAUUGGAUAAGAGGAGAUCUCUCUACAUGAUUAGGCUUCAGGUAUAAACCCUGUGAACAACAAGCACUGACUGAACCCGAACACAGAAGAUGACCUCUGGUAACAGCGAAAUGAUGACUACUAAAGGGUCACAACGAGAACCUUUUAAGUUGAUACCCCACAAUGUUGUUGCUCUUGCGUUUCUCUUUGUACUACAAUAUUACAGAGACUACAAAUCGAUCCUGUUUGACUGAAUUAAACUCAUUGACUUUAAGGGAAACAGGUCUUGAAAUUAGAUGAUGUGUUUAGCUUCUGGUUUGGCCAGGGGAUAGCAGCAUCAAUCUCGGACUGCUGACAUGUUCGUCGAUACCAUUACCAUACCACUGUUUAAUAAUUUAUAUGACAAAUCUGAGCUGAAUAAGGUGAGGUUACUGGAAUGAAUGUGCUCUUUAAAAUCAUUCAAUUUUCUAUUCACGCUCCUUCUAAAAUUUGUAUUACACUGCCCACAUUAUCCAGAUCUAAAGGAGUAUUUAUUGGUGUGUGUGUAGUUUGAGCAUUAUGAGAGCAGAACGAGUCGUGAAGAGCUUCCUAGAAACCAGUGGGAGUAUUUUGCAGCGAAGCAAACCACAAACUGUGGUGUGAUUGCUGCGAGGCUGUGAGGGAGUGGGUUGGCUGUUCUUAGUGGUUCUUGAUGGCGGAAUAACACAAAAUUAUUAAUUAUCAUACUUCUGGAAACAAAAGUAAUGAAAGAUUUAAAGUGAGAGAAAGAAUUUAUUGCAGCCACAUUACAGUGAGGAAUGUAGAGCUGGGUCCUCCUGGAUUUCUUCUCUAAGUCCAGGCGGAUAUGAUGUGACAUUGGACUAAAUUAACUUCAUAAUGAGACAAAGGGUAGUCUUCUGGAUAUUGACUCACCACCGGUAGACUUAUGUCUUGUCUAUAUGAGUAGAUUUUAUAUUUAUAUGUCCAUUUGUUUUCACAGAAAGAGUUUGUCUAAGGGAGUCUGAACUGUGUUUUUUUUAUUGUUCCAGGACAUUGUUUUGACUCUAAAGGAUAAGCUGUCCAUCCGGGCCAUUGAGUACUUUGCACUGGUGCUAGAGCAACAGUACAGCAUUACCAAGCUACUGCUGCUACAUGAAGAUGAGCUCGUACAGAAGGUGAAGGAAAUGCAAAUAUUAACCACAGUUUUGGAUGAUUUAUGUGUAACUCUGAUAUAAUGUAACCUUUCAGGCUUAAAGAAUACACCCUGGAUCUCUCCCAAGUCAAGAGUCGAUGUGGUGUUGUAAUUUAUACACCUCUGUUUGAUGUUUUCAUCAGGUGGUGCAGAAGAAAGACUCCCAUGACUACAGAUGUCUGUUCAGGGUGUGUUUUAUCCCCAGAGACCCUACAGACAUGCUGCAGGAUGACCCCUCUGCUUUUGAGUACUUCUUUCUACAGGUUAGAUAAGAUGGAUUUUUGUAGUUUAUUUCAGUCAGAGUCACUUUGUAAAAAGAAAUUUCCCUGUAAUAAGUAUAUAAUGCCCAUUCUGAUAUUUUGGCAAUUGAAUGUUAUUUGUUUAUUUGUUUGUUUGGAACCUCAUUAGCUUCCACAAAGUGGUUGCUGGUCUUCCUGGGAUCCAAACACUGAAAAUCACAAUAUAAUUACAUUUUAACAAUUAAUUAUUAAUAAAUACAAUUACAGAUUCAAUUUAUGGCUCUUAACAAAAUUAAAACACACCAAAACAUACAGUUUUAUUUUAAAGUCCUUUUAAAAUAAUAUCCACUGCUUAUUUGCCGUGUGUUCCCAGGCAAUUAAUUCCACAUUUCUAAAGAUCUAAACAACACUGUUCUCCUCAUACAAUUGGACUUUGAGAAUGGAACAGUUAAAUGACCAGAGCUAACCUGCAGAGUGACAUGUUGAUGACCUUAGCCACUGUAAACCAUUUUGUCCACAAAGAAAGUUGGAUACCCUUUAAAUAUGGCAGUAUGCAUAUGUUAGCUGAGCUCUACUUGAUGGUCUGCCUUCAUUAAAGCCAUGCUCAAUCUCCUAUCCAUUCUUCUGGUUUUGGUGCUUAAUCAGAAGUUUUCCCUUUGAGUGUUUGCUCCCUGCAUACAUGUGGAAACCAGGAUGUGCAUAAAGUACAAAAACUUCAAACCUUGAUGAAGGUUUAACAAGUGUCCAGAAGACAACCAGUUUAUGCAUCCUCCUCGAACCGUCCCUGAAACAAAAACACAAAAAUCAUGACGGUUUAUUGUGAACAUAUUUUGAUUUAACAUAGAACUUAGUUGCUAACAGUUAAUACAUGACAAUAUACCUCUAUUAUCCACAAGCCACAGCUUGUCUGAUGUUUUAUAGUACAGUAAAGCAAUGAAAAGCCACUUGUGCCAUAUUGAUCACUCGUUUCAUGAGAAGUCCUUACCUCCCGCUGCUGUUUUUUUAUGAAUGGAAGCUAGGUUGUCCCAUUGUUGUGUUUAAUCAAGAAACUUGCAAGCUGUGUUUAUUGUCAUAAUUUGAAGUUGUGCAGUAUCCAAGAAAUGUAUAAAAGGCUUAUUGUGAUGUCUGUGUGAAUUACAUCUGAUUAUUUAUUCUCGUUUAUUCCAGAGCGUCGGGGAUGUGCUGCAGGAGCGUUUUGCAGUCGAGAUGAAGUGUAACACCGCACUCCGCCUGGCUGCCUUGCACAUGCAUGAGAGACUAGAUAGUUGCGGACAGACCAGGGCUUCUAUCAAGAGUAUAACGUGAGUCAUGUUUGUGCGUACAUUUAACUUGAAGGUCAAGCCGGUAUGACAUUGCGUGUACGACACCAACUCCAGCACUACUCUUUGAUGGAUUUGUGUCAUUUUGAUCAUCUCUAGAGAUUUGAAGUUGCACUACUGCUGCAAUCACUUUUUAUUUGCUGGAGAUAGGAGAGGAUACUUUGUGCUUAAUAUAUUAAUGAAAUUGGAAAGUGUUUGUGUGUGUACCCGAGCGUGUGUUUCUGUACUUAACCCAUGAGCACAAUUCCAUUUUACAAAAGCCCUCACCAGUACAGAAUAGGUAAAUAUAUUGGAAUCAUGAACACAGGCUUUCUUCUCCUCAAAUAAAACUAAUAAUGUACACUUAAAUGUCAAUAAAAGAGCAUUCACUUGAAAGCUAUUAUGGAAACUAUGAGGUAAAUAGUAAGCGGGUGUAUUUGCUAUUUGAGGCUACUUAUUUUAAAUUUUUAAGCUGAAGUGCUGUUGAAUAAGAUAACUAUAUCAAUAUAAGAUGAGGUCUGAAAAUGUAUAUUGUAGUUUGUAUACAGUAUAACACCAACAUUUCAAAUUUUACAGUGAUAAAUCUGCAUGUUUUCAAGUGCAACAUUUAAGCUUGCAGAAAGCCAAUGUUUGUCUCAUCCUCAAAGAUUCAGAUUUGUUUGUUAAUUUUGUAAGAAUCUACCUAAAAGCUCCCAGGACAUGACGGACUUGUUUAGAGUUCAGGUGCUAGAUCAAAAUUUUUGCUGCAGCUGUGGGCCAGCAUUUGCAAUGAUGCAUCAGAAAAUAGAAAACACAAUAUGACUCCAAGAUUUCCUUCGCCUUUCCACUUUCUGUUACACUGGGACAAAACCUAAUUAAACACUUACUACACGGGGGGCUUGUAGUUCAGUUUCAUUAGCAUUUCAAGCAUGAGAUAGCAAUAGCAGACUUCUUGUGUGGUCUGAUUUCUUUGUGUGUGUGUCUCUCUGUGUGUGCAUUUACAGGAAAGAGUUUGGCCUUGAGAGCUUCAUCUCUCCUACACUGCUGAGUAACAUGAGGGAGAAAGACUUGAGGAAAGCCAUCAGCUACCACCUCAAAAAGAUCCAGUCUCUGCUAGAACCACGCCAGAAGGUAGAGACAGACCAAAUAAGGAGAGGAAGGAGGCACUGAGAGACGUUGUCUUACAUCUUGACAGUUCUGUGGUGGCUUGAUGGAACUUUUUAGCCGACACAUACAGCGAAUGCUAUUCUUGCUGAGGUUUGAAGUGGUAAAGGCGUGACAGGAGGUUGUUGGGUUGGAGGGUAAUUGGAAAGUAAACAGCAGAUCAUGGGUUUGUGUAAUGUUUCUUAGAAAAUUAAUUCAGCAUAUUUCCCUGUCGAGGGCAUUGUUUUGGUGAGUGAGUCAACCCUGACUUUUCCACAGGGUUUUUUGUGUACUCGGGUUUGUCUCUGAUUCUCAUUCUUCCUGUUUUAUGUUGUUGUAUAACAGGUAAUAUCUGCCAAUCAGGCUCGCUUGGCCUACCUCACUCAGCUGGGAGAGCUCAUUUCAUACGGGGGACGAUCAUAUACAGCUACGAUGAUGGUGAGGGUAUAGAGGUUUAUGUGGCCCAGUGGAUCCAUUUCUUAAAGCACACACUAUACUGUUCUAUUUAAUUGAUUUAAAUAAUUAAAUUAUAUCUCAUACUUUUGACAUUACUUUCCACACUUAUCUUUCUCCUUUUUUUCUAAUCUGAAGUAUCCCUCCUUCCUUUCACCCACAUUCAGCUUCAAGACAGGGAGGUGUUGGUCAGCCUGCUGGUUGGAGCCAAGUACGGGAUGAGUCAAGUCAUCAACCACAAACUCAAUGUUAUUUCUACACUGGUGGAGUUCAGCAGCAUCAGCCGCGUGGAGCUGCUCUCGGAGUCGGACAAAGUCAGCCUACUGCGCAUCUCACUGCACGAUAUGAAGGUAUAGAAGAUGCUGAUAUUUUUUUUUCAUGGUCAUCAAGAUAGAUCUAGGCUGUAUUAUUCAUGAGCAUGUUAUACACUGUCGCAGAUAUAAAAAGAUCUACAUUCACUGACUAUGUUCAAGCUGAAGAUCAUGCUUGAGUUAAAAAAUAGGUCAACCAUUUCUCCUCCAACACACAGACCAGAUUACAGCCUAAGGGGGUGUAUGGUAGCGUUACAAAGCUAAUUCACUGUACUCAAAGGUGACUCUCUCCCUUCUUUCUCCCACUCCAUCGCCUUUUCUCCUUUACCCCCUUGGCCUUAAUUACUGCCACUUUACCUUAUCCUCUGAAAUGCCCUCCCCCUUUCAGCCAUUUGCCUUACUGAUGGACUCUCUGGCAGCCAAAGACUUAGGGUGUCUGCUGGGAGGCUACUGCAAACUCCUUGUGGAUCCCAGUGUCAGUGUCUUCCGUCUGGGGCGCCCAAAAGUGAGGGUGCACCGGAUACCUGCUGAAGAAGGUGUGUGUGGGAGGUUCGCCGUAAUAGAGGGCGUGUGCUAUGAAUCCCUAUCAAGUGAGCAAAAACUGUUUCACUUAAAACCAUCACUUUCUGGCUUUGGCCUUUUGAUAGACAUUUAUCACAUCACAUGUUGAUGUAUGUCACCAGCAAGUACGGGUACGGAUAGAAAAACCAGACCAUCAUACCAUCUUAUCCCAAACUAUUCUGAUCUAAUCAUGGACUUACUAAUUAACAUGUGAAUGUUUGUCUGGUGUCUGUGCAUUUUUUGAUGUUAUUAGGUUAUGUGUCUCGCUGCUGUAGUGACUCAGAUGACUCAUCAGAUGAGGAUGACCCAAUGGAUUCUCAGAAUUACAAACGCCCAGACCCAGCAAGUCAGGACUGGGAAGAGAGGAGGAGGGAGGAGGAAGAAAAGAGGAGAGAAGAGGAAAGACAGGAGAGAGAGGAACACAAAGGCAAACAGGAAGUGAAAAUAAUUGUGACAACAGAAGGUAAGGAAUAUGAGGGUGAAGAGGAAGAGGGAGCGUCAGGAAGUGGUCUUCGUAAAUUUAGCAUUAUGGAUGAAGAAAUGAACCUGGAGACCACCUGGUACCACACAGACCCCCGGGUCACCAGCAGCUUCUCCAGCUUGUCCAGUGGCUCCUUGAGUGCUGCCCUGGAAGAGAGCAGUGCAGCAGCAAAAGUCCCAUCUCGUCUAGGUGCACUUCGCUCACAACCCACAUCUGACAAUUUACCAAGUUUGGAUGUUCACCACCCUUUCCUCCUAGAGCCAAAACGCCACCAAGGGCCCCUGCGACCCACCAACCUCAAUUACCGUGGCAACGACAAUUCCUGUCUUUGCUAUGCCGAGCUCUCCAAAGCUGAUUUCCUCCCCAGUCCACCUGAGGCAACUAGUGACGAUGAUGAUGAUGACGACGAUGAUGAGGAAGAGACGGGUGUGCAGGAACUCAGGCGCAUGUCUAAGAUCCCAAGUUCAAGAGAUUUAAGACUGAUUGACAGUGAGCCCUUUGACAGAUCGCCUGUUAAACGAAAGAAAAAGAUCCCUCCCAAAGUCCCAUUACGUACUAGUUCGAUUCCUGGCAAUAAAGCAGGACAGGCCGAACACCGUCUCUCAAAGGAUGAGGAGGGUCUAUAUCUCACUCCUUCACCCAAUCCCAAACCAGCUCUCCUAGUCAAAGACACUGUUUCAGACUCUGAGGAUGAGUUUUUUGAUGCCCAGGAGAGAUUCACUCCUCCAGUUCCAGAUCUGUCAGGUUUGUUAACAGAAUAAUCGUUGUGUCUAUGUGAAGAAAAACCUUUGUGUUUUUUGAAAGUCUUUGGUCCAUGGUAGUAUUUUGACACUGUUAAAAUGACUGUGACCUCAUGUGAUUUAACAAAGUCAGUGAAAGAUUUGUUAAAAUUCACGAAUGCCUUUCUUUUUCUGUCUUUUUCUCUCCAUCUGUCUCUGUCUCUUACAGAUGCCGAGCUUGCUGACAGGCGUAAUGCUAACCGGUUGAGUGGAACCUGGAAUGGUCUUCCAGCUGUCCCAGGGAAACAGCCCCCCUCUCCCCUUGCCAAUAAAGUCCAAUCCUCCAAAAUUAAGACCGAAGUCAAGGCAACUAAAGGCCCCAUUAUUCAACCUACCAACCAACAGCCCAGUCCACCAAAACCACUUCAGAAACCUGAAGUUAAGGUCAAACCACCACUAGCACCUAAGCCACAGCUGCCUCCCAAGCCUCAGAUCAUUCCUCCCAAAUCCCCCCAGCAUGGAAGAUCAUACGCUCACUGUAAUGGGGAUGCCUCUGGACGUCUGUCCUCUGAACUCUUGGAAAUGGAGCCAGAUACCAUGGAGUUUAAGUCUGUCACAUCGGGGGCAGGCGGACUGCCAAUGUCAUCACCCUUGAUCACAGCAGUACGGUGCAGUAAGCAGCCAGUUCCUGUCACAACAUCACUGACGGAGGAAAAUAAAUUAACGCAAGAAAACAGUGCAAAACAGAAUAAAGAUCUGAUCCACAAAAACGGCACGCAUGUUGUUUCUAAUGAUAAAGCGUACAUUAAUAAUGAAAAACAAAGUCCUAAAGUUGAGAGGAAAAGCAAUGGGACUGCCAUGCCCACAAAGACGUCACCAAACCCACCAUCUAUUCCACGAUCAAAUUCAGGUACAAAACUAUCUGUUCCUCCACCUGUGCCCCCCAAACCCACUUCUCCUAUGAAUUUCCAUCCACUAUCACUACCUGCAAGUUCACCUGUCUCUCCGACUGAUCCAACUAAAGGGAUCUUUAAAGAUAGUGUCAGCCCACCAAAUGGACUCCACCCUUGGAGCAGCCGCAAUGGCAGCAUCCAGUCAGGACCCCGGAGGGUUUCUCUGAGUCAUGAAAGCCUGUCACCCAAAAAUACAGAUGCACCUCUCACACUUACAACCUCCCUCACAUCGACCAACUCCAAAGGGGUUGGGGGCCUAGAGAGCAGAGAACCUGGAAGGUCCGGUUCGGGGUCAGACUUAAGGACGAGUUCUUCCAGUCUUGGAGGCAGACUACCAGCUUCUGCCUUGAGAGGAAAGAUCCAGGCUUUACCUUGGUAUAUGACCCGUUCACAAGAGAUUUUGGGAACUUUAGACUAUCCGUCCACCAGCUCCAUUAACGGGGAUACAUCUGGCUUUGGCUCUGGGUUGUCUGUUGCCAGUGGUUUGUCAGACCUAAACAAGACUCCUGUUAAAGAAAAAGAGAGUGUUACUGUAAAAUCAGGAGGGAAAGGGGAUGUUCUGGAGGAUGGGGCUGCUGUUGUCAUAGCCACCAUCAAAGAGGCCCAGGAUGUGACCUCACAUAUGAAAAAGGCCAAUGGGACAAAUGGCUCCAGUCCUGACCUGAGUUUUAAAGACUUUAGCGCACACCGAGGCAGUGUUUCAUCAGAGCAGCCACAGUCAAGGCCCCAUUCGGCAGUGGGGUUGGGAGGUGUGACCAACAUGCAAAUUGGUGGAGACUCACCCACCUCCUCACUUGCAGAUAGUACUCCUCCACAGCAGCACCGAGAGGCUUGUGGCUGUCGCACUGUCUAUGCCAACUGUUUCAGCGGAGACACCGAGGAUGGUAUAAGCUUUGACGAAGAGCUCACUGUUUAUGAGUUCUCCCGACGCACGCGUCCAAAACCUGCCAAAACUGCCCCGGUCCCUUCUCCUACAACACCUUCGCCAAACCCCAACAUCCUGUCGUUGCUUAAGGACAACCCACGCCCACUCUCCACAUUUUCCACUGCCUCCUCUGAACUCAGUCCCCUGGUUUCCCGCCCAGUGUCACCAACAAACUCACUCGGUUGUCCUCUCCGUUCGCUUACCAACAAGAAUUAUGGUGGACUAAAGGGAGGUUUUACCUCUCUACGUCAAGAUAUAGACCAACUUCUUCUGGUCCUAGAAAGGGGAGCACUUGAGCAACAAAUGUCCGGUCAAGACUCAAAGCAGGGUAUCACAGGCAUACAAGUAGAGCCUGACUUAAAUCACAAUGGAGCUGACACCAAUACAACCCAAGUAGCCAGCCAGUAUUGUUCUGGGACAAACACUGCUGCUAUGACAGAGGCAGAGAGAAGUCUUCUCCAGGCAGAGGCUCGACGAUUAGCAUCUGGCUGUCAGCGGGCCACACGUGUAGGUUGGGCUCCCGAUGAAGCACUACGAUCGUUAUCUAACAGCUUCAGUGCCCUUGUUCAGUUGUCGGCAGCUUGCCUGCGAACCAACCCAUGCCCUGGCUGUGACAUUUGUCAUGAUGAAAGUCUGGUUCACAGAGAUGAGGACGAUGACAGCCAGGAGCCCAUGGACAAGCUAAAGGAGAUAGUGGGUCUGUACCGGGAGUUUGUAGGGGCUGUUGAGACAGCUGGAACUGGAACUGGUAGUAAAAGUAUGGGCCUCGCUGGGUCAGGACAGGGUCAGGGAGAGACAGACGGGGUGAGGCUACUAGCCAAACGCUGCACUGUACUCAUCUCCUCUGUCUUUGCACUCACACAGCUCUUCCGGACACGCACAUUAAACACCUCAGACAUGCCUGGACACGUACCUCUCAACUUUUGA